AAAGCAGCCGAUUGACAUUGAUCCCCAGCCAAUGGGAGAGCUCGAUUGCCUUUGGCGCCGCAGCCAAUCGGGUUACGAGGCCGGCGGUGGGGUGGGACGAGAGGUUCCGGGUCAGGGGGCGGGCCAGGGAGCCACGUGCGGCGGCGGUGACCCCGGUGCGGGAGGAUGAGUUCCCAGAGGGGGAACGUGGCCCGCUCACGGCCCCAAAGACACCAGAACUCGCGAGUUUUCAAAAAUGACAAGUAUGACAAAAGCGCCCAGCGCAAGAAAAUCAAUGCAAAGCUUCAUGAUGGAGUGUGUCAGCGCUGUAAGGAAGUCUUGGAGUGGCGUGUAAAAUUCAGCAAAUACAAACCACUAUCAAAACCGAAGAAAUGUGUGAAGUGCCUCCAAAAGACUGUAAAGGAUUCUUACCAUAUUAUUUGUAGAUCUUGUGCUUGUGAAUUAGAAGUCUGUGCUAAAUGUGGAAAGAAAGAAGAAAUAGUUCUGAUCAGUAAAGGACCAGAGAAGAUGGAGAAUGAGACUACUGGAAAUUGCCAAAGAAAGAUCAGUAGAAGAGAGGAGUCAGAGGAAAGUGAUGAACUGGAUUUUGACAUUGACUUAGAUGGCAUGGACGAGAAGAAUCCUGACAUGCUUGAGGAACAUUUUAAAAAUAUGAAGUUUGAAAGGACAGAAGUCUGAAACUGUUCCUGUAGAAUCUUUAUAUGAAGGGCUAAAGUUCUAGUCUGGAAACUGUACAACUGAAGAAAAAAGUCAAAGUGAUACCUACCUAGUAUUUCCGCUAUGACAGUUAAGUCUGACAUUUGAGUGCUUAACACACUGCUAAAAUAAAUGGAACAUUUAUAUUU